AUUCUUUUUGUCAUUCCUGAGGUGUGUUUUCCUGCAUGUUUGUCUUCACCUUUAAUGAACAUGAGGAUAACGCGACGCCGCCUAGCGGCAGCUGAAGGUACCGCAGUAAUCUCUGAGCGGAAUUGCGCAACACCCUCCGAGUCCAGAUCCGGAGCAGGGAAUCCGGUCCAGGAUUCCGGAGUUCCCGCUCUCACGGAGGGUUAGCUAAGCUAGUUCAAACCGCGUCCCGCUAACUGCCUCCUCCCGCCGUUCCGCCGCCCCCGUUAAGAACGGCCUCCAGGCCGCGGACCGUCUCCUUCCUCCACACACUCGCCGCUGACGGAGGACCCUUCGCCCGCCCAGACCUCCCUCGGCGCCCGCGGAUCUUUCCGGAACGACGCAGCUAGCCGCUCCGCGCAGCCAAAAUGGCGGACGCGGAGGACGAGGGCAGAACAAUAAGAACCGCGGAGCCCGCCCGGGACCGCCUCGGGUCCGGCGCAGCGUCGCAGCCCACUGUUCCGAUCGCAGAGCAGCAAGAACCGGUACCGACCAGCGUCCAAAGCGCGGACGCGCUGCAGCCGGAGCCCGCCGCCGCCGCCUUCGUGGAGCUCCCGGACCUGAGCAACACCACCAUCCUGUACGUGCAGCCCGACGGCAGCCUGGUGGAGGGCAGCGGGCUGACGGCCGAGGAGCAGCAGGCGGUUCUGACCCAACUCAGCAAGCAGCAGGUAGUGCAGGUGACCGACACCGAAGCCGCGCAGCUGCUGCAGCACAGCCAGCUGCUGAAGCCGGUCCAGAACACGGCUUUGGACCCGAGCCAGCUGCAGCAGGUCAUCAACCAGGUCACCAGGUCCCAGAGCCAGGUCCAGGUUUCCCAGCAGAACCAGAAGCCCACCGUCCAGAACAACGCCUCCCUCCAGCUCAAGAGCGCGGCGCAGCAGGUUGCUAUGCAGACCAGCGGCUCGGUGACGGUCCAGACAGAACCGGUGAGGAUCCAGAUCCAGGUUCCCUCCAAACUUGAGGGGCGGUCUCUGCAGCAGAAGGUUGUGGGUUCGAGUCCCCAGCAGGUGAAGCUGUCGGCCAACAGCAGCGCGCAGAUCAUCCACAUCCAGCCGGUGGUCAGCCAGACAGGCCAGCAGUUCUUCCUGCAGCAGAACCCGGGAGACCCGCCUAUCCAGCUGCUUCUGCAAAGCCCCGCUCCCGUGGUCGGCUCCCUGCUUCCUUUGGUACAGAAGAUGACGGGCGCCACCCCAGCGCCCAAUCAGAAGCCUGCAGCACCAACCAUUAGGGUUGCACCGGGUCCGGUAGCCAAAGUUCCGCCCCCUUCCAUCAUCAAAGCCCAGCCCUCCGCCUCUAUCAACGCCACCAGCAUUCCUGUUGUUAAACCCCCCCUCAGCGGCGCCGUGACCUCUGCUCCGGACAAACCGCCCAGGGUCCCGGCAGCAUGUGUGGUUCAGAUCGCCACACAGGCCACCGCCAAACAAGACGGGUCGGCCACGCCCCCUGCUAGAAAGGAGAGAGACAAAGAAAAAGAGAAAAAGGUGAAAAAGAAGGAGAAGAAAGCCCCCAAGGUCCAAACCCGCUCGGGGCGGGUCUCCCGACCCCCCAAGUACAAAGCAAAGGACUACAAGUUCAUCAAGACCGAGGACCUGGCGGACAGUCACCAGUCGGACUCUGACGACUACUCUGACAUGAGCGUGGAGGAGGAGGAGGGGGAGGGCUCCCAGAGGAACGGUCCCGACGGCGGCCCCGCCCUCACCUACAGCCACAAGUCCCGGUCCCACCGCUGCCAAACCUGUGAUAAGGCUUACAUCGGUCCCGGAGGCUUAAACCGCCACUACAAACUGAACCCGACUCACGGAGAACCCGACCUGAGCAGCAGCACGCCGGUUCCCCCCAGCGACGAAAACCAAUUAGAGGAGAGAAAGCAAGAUGAUGAGGGGGAUGGGGAGGGGGGCGGUGAGGACAGACCUGCUUCCAUGGUAACCAGCAGGGCGGACGGGGGCCCUGCAUCUGCCGUAGGGCUCCGGGGCGUCCACCAUCGGGGCCCGGGUCGCCCCCGCGGACGGGGGAGAGGAAGAGGAAGAGGAAGAGGCCGGCCACUGGGGCUGCCAUCAAAGGUUGCAGUGAGCCUCAUGAGCAAACGGGGUAGGCGGGGUCGGCCUCCAAAACUCAGCAUCCCCAUGGUAACAGCAGAGCAGGAGGUGGAGAGGAGGCGUGAGCGUUUGCAGGAGCUGGUCGAGCGCUGUGAUGAUGAGGAGCUCAUGGACAUGGUGCUUCCUCGUCUCACCAAGGUGCUGAGUCUGUGGGAACUGCUCCUGGCAAAGGUGGAGCAGAGGGGUCCGGCUCCGUCUCGGUUUCCAGCCAUCUAUCACGAGUUCGAGUCCCUGCAGGCUCAGGUGAGACAGGCUGCCCAGGAAUACAUCGGCUGUCCCCAGGGCGGAGCCACUCCCCUGGAGGUCAGGAACAUCGAGGUGGCCCGGUCUCUAGGAAUCCUUGAUGAGGUCAACAGGAUGAAGGUGGUUCCUGGAGCAUCUCCAAGUUCAAGUGUGACCAGCAAGAACGUGAGAUACAUGGGGAACUCCAAGAUGCUACCACCUUCAAAGAGGUUCAAGAUGGAAAACAGCAUUCCAGUUCAGCAAAACGGCACUGACAGGACUCAGACAGGCUGUACCAGUACAACCUCUUUCCCGCCGCUGAGCUGCCCCCUAAAGACCUGCUCCGUGUCCGUUUCACCUCUGGUGCUCCCAGCUGGAUCCAGACUCUUGUCCUCCAGCUCCUCCAGUUCAGAGGCCUCCAGCCAGCUGCCACCUCCUGCCAUCCGUGUGGAGACGGUUCCAGCUGACGGGUCUGAAGGUGCAGACCCGGUUCUGACCACCCCUGAAAUCUCAGCCCAGAUAACUGAGUUGGAGACCAUGCUGGGUACAUCCUCUGACCCCAGCACAAACACCAAGACCUCUACGCCCGGAUCCGCUCAGACCACGGAGCCCGGAUCCGCUCAGACCACGGAGCCCGGAUCCGCUCAGACCACGGAGCCCGGAUCCGCUCAGACAUCUGAGCCCGUUUUAAUCCAUAAGGUAAACUUGACUGAGUCCCCCCCCCAGACCGAGUGUGGAACAUGCGAGUCCAAAGAACUGCAGGAGGGUCAGGAGAUCUACAUCCAGACUGAGGGGCUGACGGUCCAGCUGGCAGAGCCGGGCUCAGACGGGAUCGUCAUUGUAAAUGGACCUGAUGGAACCACCAUGCACAUCCAGACCCCAGAAGGUAUUCCUCUGGAGGCGGUCCAAGCUCUGCUCGGCAUCGAAGCAUCAGAUGGAGCCAAAGCUCCUCACUGAACCUCGGUGAGAGCUGAGUAGGAGCAGAACCAGGUCAGAACCAUGUAUUAAAGAGGCUUUUAAAGUGUCCAGAAGGAUGGGAGCAGGUGGAAGGAGAACGUGAACUUCACUUGGAUCGGUCGGUCCAAUCCGAAAGGCGCUCGUCCGCCUGCAGGGGGCGAGAGGGGUCCUUCCUGCUGGGCCCAGUUCUGUGCAGCUAGUUUCUUUUGGGUUCUCUCGGUUUCCGAGCUGCAGCUCCGCGUCACCAUCAGCUGUCGGACGCGUUCUGAUUUGCAGACCGACAAUCAGUGACCACAAGGGUUCCUGCUGGCGGCGGGAACCUGGUGCUCAGCAGUGCCCCCUGCUGUUUUUUUAGAGGAAGUGGACUCGGCCCCGUCUUCAGUGUUUCCAUGUUUGGACUUUAACGUAGACGCUGGUGUUUGAAUGUGUAUAUGUAGAUACAUGUGUAGAAUGAAGUUUAAAAGAGUUGCACUAUUUUACUACUUUUGAUAAAAUCCUGAGCGGAACCAGACGAUUGGACCGCUGAGCUGAACGCAGCAUGGAGGACGGUCUGUGUCGCGUCAAUGGUUCCGUGCUGCAUGCAUCCCUGUUCCUCCAAUAAAGUGGCGUCACACUUGA